ACCGAAGCUCAGCACAGUCAUGGAGUGAAUGUAUUCUAUCCUCUGCAGAAAAGAAAACAUGCAUUCAGGAAAAAUGAUCUUCACCAUUUGUGCCUUUGCAAACUUGGCACUUUCAGAAGCUUACCCGACCCAUCGUGACACCAGGGAGGCGAGCUGGACUGAUUCCAAGGCCAAUGAGGCUCAUGCCGAGUCAAAACUCACAAAAGAAGCAGAUAAGAUCUACAAGAGCCUCAUAGAUGACAGCGGCCUCUACAACCACGAAGAUGAGUACAACAAGAACCCAGUGUCGGAACAGAUGCAGCGCAAGAUCCUCGUGGAGUCGGAGCGCCUGCGCGCGCGUCUGCGUCAGGAGCUGGCCGAGCUGAGGGAGAGGCUGGCCCCAUCCCCGGCUCACCUCGCUUCCGCGCUGGCCAGCAUGAGGGAACACUUGGCCCCGUUCACCCUGCAACUCCACAACAAUACCCACAGCUUGUGCCACCAGCUCAGGCUGUACCUCCGCGAUCCGGAUGCAGCAGAGGCCCGGCAGGGUCUGGUUGUCCACCACUGGAUGACGCGAACUUUGGAACGGAGCGGCUCCAAUCUAACCGAUAUCCUGGCUGACUUCAUGGCUAAAACCAGAGAGGUGACGGAACGCCUGAGGGAGAUGAGUGAGGCAGAGGCAGCGAAUGCGGAUAUCUGGCAGCGAUUUAGCUCUAGGCUAGGACGGGAAGUGACGUCACUGAAGGCGGAGGCACAGAAUAGUUUGGAGACUCUUAAGGUACAGCUCGCCGAUCAGUUGGAAACUGCGCAGCCUCUCAGUGCCAUGGUGGAACACGUCUGCCAAAAUGCAGCACAGCAGCACCGAGACUUCCAGGCCAGGAUUGAGACUCUAUUCACGGGAAUGGAGGAGGAGCUGGAAGUGCAGUCCAUUUCUUCCUAUUCUGAACACACUGGUGGCUCGUUGAAGGAGGACUUCUUCAUCAAACUGUCUGCUCUCAUUCAGGACAUUCUGCAUUCAGUACAGUGACACAAGUCACUAUCGCAACUAUCACCUGAGACACCAUCACUUAACAAUUUGUUGUUCAGCACAUUGUUGGCUCACAACAGUGGUGAACCUGUACAUAGUGAUAAAGUGUACUAGGUGUGUUAGAAAGGUUCCAGGACUGGUGUCACAAAAGAAGUAUUUCAAAUCCAAACUAAUAAACUAACUAAGUGUCCUUCUUCAAAGUAAUUCCUCUGUAGUCUGACGCACGUUCGCAGUCUUCUCUGCCACACCUUCAUACACUCCUGGUAGGAUUCUUCCGAGAUCCUGCGCAGCUCUGUCAUCCAUGCCAUCUUGACGUCAUCCACGCCUUUAAAACCAGUCCCCCUUUAUAACCCCUGGAGCUUGGUCAGCAACUGUCAGAUGUUCAAGGCAUUGUGAGCGGGCGCAUUGUCCAGGCGAAGCAGCCACAAGUCGUCCUGCUACAAUUCUGGACUCUUCUCGCGCACUAAACGAAGCAAACAUCGCAGGAUCUCUUUGUAGCUGCCCUGGUUGAUCAUCUGGCCCACAAUGAAGGAGAAAACUUGUAGUUUGUGACAACAGUCCUGGAGCUUCUCUGACACAUCUUAUCAUAUUUGUAUUCUAUUUCACUGUGUGUGUUCUCACAAGAAUUUAGUAGCAUUUUCCUACAUACAUAUUGCAUUAUUCAAAUAAUAUCCCCUAACCUGGAGUUGAAUGUAGUAUUAUUUUCCUGCAUACAGAGAAAAAUAAAUCAAUAAAUAAAGUGACAUAUUUCACAAAUUUAAUUGAAAAAUUUUUAGUAUUUUUGUGUAUUAUUUUAGUUAAUUAUUAAAACAAUAUACCCUAACCCAGAGUUUCUCAAAAUUAAAAAGGCACAGAUGGAUUUUUGAUUGCUGUCUAUAGUUAAGUCAUGCCUUUGUGAAUAUUAUGACAUUACAUGAGGUAUUUUUUUUUGUGGGUCCUAAAUUAAUUUCUAAUGUGGGUCGGGAGCUUAAAAGGUUUUGGAAGCCAUGCCCUAGCAGCUUUACAAUUACAUAUUUUAUGAAUUAUUAUUUUUCUUCAUGUUUUUUGUACCAUUUUAUACUAAAUCGUUGUGAGUUUAGGCAGCA